GCAAAAAUACAACACAAAAAGAUUCGCUCUAAUUAACACACAAAAAAAAAAAAAAAUCAUGGGUGGUACAAUAUGGGGUAUGAAAUUGGCAUUGGUGACGGUUGGGCUCCUAGUUAUGGUGCCUGAAACCAUGCAACUGAAUGUGAAUCACCCUGUCACCAGUGCUGCCCAAAGGCUUAACCUUCAAUAUGGUCCAUUCUUAGGGCUUAUCAUCUCUAGUCCAAGGGAUGAAAACGUUCUUAAAAACUCUUCUUUAUUCACCCCUAUUAAUGAUGUUGAUCGUGUCCUUCUUUACGCAGGAAGAAGUUUCCACAUUGGAAUGUUCAAUGGAUUUCCUGCAAUCUAUGUUCUUGCUGGGGAGCCACUGUCGAAUGUGGGCGCAACAACACAAAUGCUUCUAGACAUGUUCCAUAUCUCAGGAAUCAUUUCCUAUGGAGGUGCUGCAACUGUAAGCACUGGCGUGUUCAUCACUAAUGUUGUCAUCCCUUCACAAGUCACAUACACCGGCAGUUGGGAGUGGGCUCCGCAAAACGGAGUGAGAAUUGCGCCUGGGUUUAAUAUUGGAGACUACAAUUUGCCAGAAGCAGGGGAGAAUGCAUUAAGUUCUGUUCAUUUUGCUGCAGUGCCACUAUACAAAUCAUCAAGCUCAAAGGCAAAAAUGGUGUAUGACAUAGACGUACACUCUGAUUGGGUGAACCUUGCCUCUCAAAUCAAUUUUGGAGAUGAUCGUCUUACUGUUCGUUUUGGUAAUAAACUUGGUUCAUCUGAUGUUUACUUGAAGAACCGGGCUUAUGCUUCUGUUCUCAGUAAGCAACUUGGUGUCUCCACCAUUGAUACCGAAAGUGCUGCUGUUGUUACGACUGCAAUUGCAAAUGAGGUUCCACACAUAGUGAUUCGUGGUGCUUCAAACAGACCAGGACUUCGUUCCGACAAGAGGUUGUCAGAAGUCACUGCCAAGAAUGUUCUGAAGGUGGUUGCUAAGUUUGUGGAGGCUGCUUACACCCCUGUUUCUCCAAGGAAAUACUCCAUUGUCUGAGUAUUAUAUUAGUUUCUAUAAAUAAAACUUGACUACUUCCCAAUUAUUAGUUUUUAAUAAUAAACAGGGGCCAGAGAUAUUGGGGGUAUCGGGUAUAUUAUUUUAAUUAUGUGUUAUAUUUGUACCAUGCUUUUGUUGUUUCACUGAAUCCAAAAGUUUCUUAUUUGGUCCCAAAUGCGCGCUUAUUUAAUUUA